CCACUACUCGCGUGCGCGAUCCAGCCACGGCCGUGCCGUCGUCGACUCGUCGCCCUACCUGCAGCCACACCGCCCAACGGCAUCAACCCUGCCGGCCCCACCCGCAUCCUCCUCGUCGUGCCGUCCUCUGGGCGGAUCCGUGGAUGGCCGUGCAGGCGCAGCACCUCGCCCACGCCUUCCACCAUGACUACUCCCGCGCCAUCAGCAGGCCAGCGCUGGACGACGAUGCGGCGGCGUUGUUCCUCGGCGAGCCCGCCGCCGGCCACCUGUUGCUGCAGCAGGUGGGCGGCACCACCGUGUUCAGCGACCCGCGCAGCGAGCUCACCUGCAACAACAACAACAACAACCUUCACGGCGGCGUCUGCUUCGCGCCGAGGAAGCGCGCGCCGACCGGCGACGCGGCGGGCGACGGCCUGACCAUGGAAGGGCACCGCGCGCUGCUGCCCGUGCCGGUGCCGCAGCCGCGGGCGUUCGCGCCGGUGGACGACGACGAGCAGGGCAGGGCCCUCUGCUCCGUCGGCGCGUCCUCCAGCGGGCGCCUGCCCGGUUCCGCACCGCCGACGGCCUCGCACGGCGUCCUGUCGCAUCUCUACCGCCACAGCGUCGAGAUCGACGCGCUCGUCCGCAUCGAGAACGAGAGGCUGCGGUCGGGGCUGGAGGAGGCGCGUCGCCGGCACGCGCGCGCCGUGGUGGCGGCGGUGGAGCGCGCGGCGGCGCGGCGCCUGCGGGCGGCGGAGGCGGACCUGGAGCGCGCCCUGGCGCGCGGCGCGGAGCUCGGGGAGCGUCUCCGGCAGGUGGGCGCCGAGGGCCAGGCGUGGCGGGGCAUCGCCAGCGGCCACGAGGCCGCCGCCGCGGGCCUGCGCGCCACGCUCGAGCAGCUCCUCCUCCAGGCGCCGCGCGCCGGGGGCGAGGCCGAGGCCGAGGCCGAGGACGCGCGGUCGUGCUGCUUCGGGCCGGCGCAGAAGGGCGCCCAGGCCGCCGCCGCCGCCGGCGGGAGCCGGGGGGCGUGCAGGUCGUGCGGCGCGGCGGACGCGUGCGUGCUGCUGCUGCCGUGCCGGCACCUGUGCCUGUGCGGCGGGUGCGAGGCGGCCGCGGAGGCGUGCCCCGUGUGCGCGGCCGCCAAGAACGCCUCGCUCCACGUCCUCCUGUCGUGACCUCGUCGCCAAUGCAUAGUUUCAUUGGACCGACUGAUCGUGCAUUCCAAGGUCGCGUCCUCUUGUUUUUGUCCUCCUCCAUUUUUUUGUUUCUCUGUUUCGAGACUAGUAGAACCUGAUGAUCAACCAGAUAAAACCAACCAGUGUUUUUUUUUUUUUGUUAUGGGUUGCGUUCCUCAGUCUGUGUUUAGUUGGCGAAAUUUUUUGGAUUUUGAUAUUGUAGCACAUUUCGUUAUUAUUUGAUAACUAAUAUCUAAUCAUGGACUAAUUAGAAUUAAAAAGAUUCAUCACGUAUGAAAUAAUUAUACUGUGUAAUUAGUUAUUUUUUUAACUGCAUUUAAUGCUCCAUGUAUGUGUCCAAACUCUAAAGAUUCGACGUAACAGGUACUGUAGAAUUUUUUUAGAACUAAACAGGGCCUAGUUUGAUGCUUUUUCAAUGUUGUUAUUUGCAUGGUACUCCCUCUACUCCAAAAUAUAAUUCGUUUUGACUUUUCUAAAUUCAUAUAUUUUGUUAUGUAUCUAGAUAUAUGUAUUGGCUCUGUUGGAAUGGUGAAGAGAUUCGAUGGA